CGGUGGGGAAGCCACCAGUGGUGGAGCUGGCAAAGACGGAAAAGAGGGAAAGAUAGACAGGAGGAGAUAGACAGGAGACCAGAGAGACAGCUACAAGACAGAGAGGCAGCCCCGAAAGAGAGCGUUUCACCUCGGCUGACCGUCUGUUACGUUGCCAAGCGUCACUUUGAGCUUUGACAGCAGCAGAAUAACUGAAAAGGAUAUGUGACUGGCCUUUUUUUUUUUAAAACACAGAGCUUAUUUCACAACCGAGGGCAGGAACGUUAACACAGCCGCAGUGAUCCCAUCACACCAGGCCCUGUGGAUUAACUGGCUACCUUUAUCUAAAGGGAUGCCCUAUUGAUGACUGUUUUCUAACAAAGCCCAUGGAUUACAGUGAGGGUGUUGGAGAGGCCUUAAUCACAGCUAUGCCAACACUGUAUCAGGAUAUUUCAAGUCAAGAAGCACUACAGUAGAAGACUGACGGGACUUUGUGUUUUUAGCUGUUAGAUUUAGUGUUUCAGAUAAUUUUUUUGGACAUCUAUCUUACAUUUUUUGAGCAUGUUAUAAGUGCAUAGACCCCCCACUCUGUUUUCUUGAUUUUUCUCAGGACACCAGCUGACUUUCUGGACUGUUUGUGCCAUCUCACAUUUUUGAUCCACUUCACACGCAGUAUACAGCCCACGUUGUCUCACCAUGUACGGUAGCUCACGUUCCGUCUCAAAGCUGGAUGUUGUUGGUUCCAAUGGUAACGGAUCAGUGUCUGGGAGUCCAGGUCGCUCCCCACGCCUCCCUCGCUCCCCGCGCCUUGGACACCGGAGAAACAGCAGCAGCAGCUCCACUGGUGGACUAACUGGCUCGGGUAAAACCCUCUCCAUGGAGAAUAUUCAGUCCCUUAAUGCCGCCUACGCCACAGGUGGUCCUAUGUACUUCACUGACACAGUUGAAGACCCGGUCGGCAUUGGGAGUCUGGGCAGUGGGCUGAAUCCCUCGCUGCCCAAAAGCACCAUGACCUUGGGGAGGGCUGGGGCCAGAGUUCCUUACGGGGUGAGAGCGGCUGUUAUGGGGAGCAGUCCUAAUAUAAACACUGGAGGAGGAGGGGGAGGUGGUGGAGCAGUCAUGCCCAGUGAUGCUAUAGCGUUUGGGGGGGAGCUACAAAACCAGCCUCCACAGGCAGCUACUGUGCCCCACUCCAUGAGACAGGUGAGAGACGGUGCCAUGUCAGACCUACAGACGCAACUAAGAGAAGUGCUGAGAGAGAACGAACUACUGCGCAGAGAGCUGGAGGCUAAAGAGUCCAAACUGAGCUCCUCCAUGAACUCCAUUAAGACGUUUUGGAGUCCAGAGCUGAAGAAAGAGAGAGCGCUAAGGAAGGAUGAAGCCACAAAGAUGGCUGUCUGGAAGGAACAAUACAGAGUGGUGCAGGAGGAGACACAGCAUCUUCAGUGCACCAUCCAGGCAUUGCAAGAUGAGCUCAGAAUCCAGCGAGAUCUCAACCAGCUCUUCCAGUCCGAUUACUCGGAGUCCGGUCACCUUGGAAGCCAGCCGAUUUCCCCACAGGAAAUGACGGAGGAGAACUUCCUGCGUCUCCACGGCGAGUACGAGCGGCAGGUCAAGGAGCUCUUCCUCCUGAGGAAGACCGUGGAAGAGAUGGAGCUGAGGAUAGAUACACAGAAACACACUCUAACUGCCAGGGAUGAGUCAAUAAAGAAGUUAUUAGAAAUGCUGCAGAGCAAAGGCCUGUCGUCACGGGCAACAGAAGAAGACCAUGAACGUACGAGACGACUCGCCGAUGCUGAGAUGACCAUCCACCAACUGGAGGGCCUGCUGGAGCGGAAAGACAAGGAGAUGCUACAACUCAGAGAGGAGCUGCACAGGAGAUAUGAAGCAGCUCCAGAGUCAACAAAGACCAAGGCCUUGCAGACAGUCAUCGAAAUGAAGGAUGCAAAGAUCAGCUCACUGGAGCGCGGCAUGAGAGAGCUGGAGGAGGAGGUGAACAUGCUCAAGUCCAACGGAGCUCUGAGCAGCGAGGAGAGGGAGGAGGAGAUCAAACAGAUGGAGGUCUACAGAUCCCAUUCCAAGUUCAUGAAGAACAAGGUUGAGCAGCUGAAGGAAGAGCUAACUCAGAGCCAAUCAGAGAAGGAGGAGCUAAGGCAACGAGCCAAUGAGCUUCAGCGGGAGGUGUCUGCAAUGGAUCAGGCGAAGCAGGAGCUGGGUCGUAAGGACAGCGAGCUGCUGGCUCUCAGGACCAAACUGGACACUCUGAACAAUCAGUUUUCUGACAGUAAACAACACGUAGAUGUGCUCAAAGAGUCACUCACUGCCAAGGAACAGAGAGCCGCCAUACUACAGACUGAGGUGGAUGCCUUGCGUCUCCGACUAGAGGAAAAGGAAUCUCUUCUCUCUAAAAAGAGUCAGCAGAUAUCAGAGCUGACAGAGGAGAAAAGCACUCAGCAAGGAGAGAUCACCGACCUCAAAGACAUGAUGGAUGUCAAAGAGCGCAAAGUUAACGUACUGCAGAAGAAGAUAGAGAACCUCCAGGAUCAGCUGAGGGAUAAAGAGAAACAGCUGAGUGGCCUGAAAGACAGAGUCAAGUCUUUACAGACAGACACGUCCAACACAGACACAGCACUGGGAACACUGGAGGAGGCUCUGGCCGAGAAGGAGAGGAUCAUUGAGCGCUUGAAGGAGCAGCGAGAGAGGGAAGAGAGAGAAAAAGGAGAGGAGAUGGAGUCCAGCAAGAAGGAGCUGAAGGAGUUGAGGGAGAAAGUUUCCCAGCUGCAGGCCGACCUGGCUGACCGUGAGACAUCGCUGUUGGAUCUGAAGGAGAAGGCUUCCUCUCUGGCUUCCUCAACUCUGAAGAAGGACAACAGGCUGAAGAGUCUGGAGAUCAGCCUGGAGCAGAAGAGAGAGGAGUGUGUCAAACUGGAGAACCAGCUGAAGAAGGCUCAGAGUGCAGCGGCAGAGUCCCUGGCUAGCACUGAACUCUCCGAACGUAUCUCCUGCCUGGAGCAGGAAGUGACCCGGCACAGGGAGGAUGCUGGAAAGGCCCAGUCCGAAGUGGAACGACUGCUGGAGAUCCUGAGGGAGAUGGAGAAUGAAAAGAAUGACAAGGAGAAAAAGAUCCAUGAACUGGAGAGGCAGAUGAAGGACCAGUCGAAGAAGGUGGCCAACCUCAAACACAAGGAGCAGCUAGAGAAAAGCAGGAAUGCCCAGCUGAUGGAGGAGGCCAAGAAGAGAGAGGACAAUUUAAACGAAAGCUCCCAGCAGAUUAAGGACUCUCUCCGUCAGAAGGAGGAGCGCAUCGAAGAGCUGGAGGAGGCGCUGAGGGAAAGCGUUCAGAUCACCGCAGAGCGGGAGGUGGUGCUCGCCCAGGAGGAGCAGGCACGCACACAGGCCGAGAAACAGGUGGAGGACCUGCUGGUUGCCAUGGAGAAGGUGAAACAGGAACUGGAGGUGAUGAAAGCCAAGCUGUCAUCAACUCAGCUCUCACUGGCCGAGAAGGAAGGUCACCUGACCGCCCUGCGUGCCGAGAGGCGGAAACACCUGGAGGAGGUCCUGGAGAUGAAGCAAGAGGCGCUGCUGGCAGCAAUAAGUGAGAAAGACGCCAACAUUGCCCUGCUGGAGCUCUCCUCAUCCAAGAAGAAGAAAACCCAGGAAGAGGUGGCAGCUCUAAAGAGAGAGAAGGACAGUCUGGUUCAGCAGCUCAAACAGCAGACUCAAAACCGAAUGAAGCUCAUGGCGGACAACUACGAGGACGACCAUCUAAAGGUCUCGUCUCCAAACUCAGAGCAGCCCAACAAUCACAAACCCUCCCCAGACCAGAUUCUCUCUCCCCUCCUGGAUCUCAAUCAGAAUCGCAGUAAACUGAAACUGUACAUCAGUCACCUGACCUCACUGUGUCAGGAGCGAGACCCAAUCAUAUUGCAGGACUUCGCCCCGCCCCCCGCCUAUCACCGCUCUGACUCCGCCUCCUGGCAUACGCAGCUGCACAGCAUGACGCAGGAACAGUUGGAGGUGGAGUUAGAGCUGUGUGAGAGGGAGGGGGCGGAGCUCCAGGAGUACGCCAAUCAGGUCCUGCAGCAGAUUGCCGACCGAUGCCCUGACAUUUUGGAACAAGUCGUCAACGCCCUGGAGGACAGCUGCUGAUGCUCACACACACACAGACACACACACGCACACGUGAACACAUUCAUCAGCAUGAGAGUGAGAAAAAAAGCACGCAACCACACACCAACCAUCGGACAAUCAGACGUCUCCAGUGAGCCCUCGAAACCCAAUGAUACACAAGCAAAAUCACAGUGUUUGACGUGAGGAUGAAAUCUCCUCUGCAGCUCCUCUCUCACCUGCUCUUCACAGGGGAUCUACAAAAAAGAAAUCACUGAUAAAUAUUCCUCCACUGUGUCCUCAUGUUGAAUUAGCAGUGUUGGCUGAGGGAAGUGUUGUUCAUCUUUCAGUUCAAAGUGCUUUGUCAGGCAUGCUAGUUAAAUGGAAAUAUUUGAUGUUUUUGAGACGUUAAACGUGUACUGUCUUAGCUAGUCCAAAACAGGAGGAGCCUUCACUGCACUCGCCGCCUGUGACACGUCACAGCGGCCAUCUUGUGUCCUUCCAGGCAAUCAGCAGUCGAACUUGUUAUUGCGAUUUGAUGUAUUUAUAUAGGAGGAAGGAAAAAAAAUUAAACCUGUAUGAAAAAGGGUUCAAGUAAGUUGAGACUGCCAGGUUGUUUCUGAUGCCAGACUUACACGCUGUUGCCACAUUGUUAUUCGAUUGGUUCAGAUACAAAAGUGUGUUUAUUUCAGCUGCCUUUGGUUCUUUACAUCAUUUGCUGCUAUCUUUUUUACCUUUUAGUUCCUAUUCUCUUUUUUUCCAUUUCUCUUUGUCAGGUAUCUGAUGAAACGUCCCAGCUUGCAGUUUCUUUCAGCAGUAAUCUCUAGAUAGUUGUGUAAAUUGUAAAGAGAGAAGUUUAAUUAACAGAAACACAGCUUUCAUCAGGGGAACACGACACUUUCAUCUGUUGUUUUCCAUUACCGAUGAGAGGCACAAACUACAAUAAAUCUCGCAAUACUCCCUUUAUUAAAACACACCAGUGUAGAUGGUUUGUGUUUCUUUUUAACCUAAGAAAACAUCAUGUUCUGUUCAGUUACGAUGUCCAUGCUGAAAUUACGUCGCGUUCAGAUAAUCCCUCACGUACCCUUUUGUGACAAUCCCUUUAGAGUUAACCUGAGGAGAAGUCUGAACUUCAUCUCCCCUUAUUGAAGCAUCUUUCGUUUUUGUUUCUUUCUUUCUUUCUUGGGAGGGAGGGAAUAUAAAGUAAUUGUUAUAUAUUUUUUUGCUUUUGGUAAUAUAUAUAUAUAUAUAUAAAACACUAAUCUUGUUUAAUUGAAAAUAUUGUCAUCUAUUGGUUGGUAUGUUACAUAAUGUGUCAAAAUCUUCUGUUUUUUUGUGAUUUGCAAGAAACCACAGAUCUGUUCCACACACAGGAGACUGUUAUUGGGAAUGUACAUUGCACCUACUUGAGGCUCUGUGUCCACCGGGGAGCGUUUUCAUCCCCAAUCAGUUCCUUCUUCUUGUUGUUUACAGUGGAAAUGAAACUCUAAUGCAUGUUUCCCACAGCGCUGACAGCCUUAGCAUGAUUUAAACGCUUGCAGUGCCGAGCACUAGAGGUUCUGAUCGUUUCAAGUUCAAGCAAAAGCUCCUCCGCCUGAGGAUUUUAUGGUCUCGUGCUGUACUGAGUGCUGAAGACAUGACCGGCGUUGGCCCACAUGCAUCUGUUUAGUGCUGCUCGCUAAAAAACAAAAAAGAAAAUAAAUACCUGGUGGACACAGAACCCAAAGACAGGGAUUUACACCGCAUGCUCAAACCUGAUUUUACCCCAAACUCUGAUCCUCAGGCUUUCAGAACAGGUAGAAAUAUGUUUUCCGACGCUUGAAAACACCUGAAAGCAUCAUGGGUGUAAGUGAGGAGUUUCAUUUCACAAUAAGAGCCUGAAGUUUCCUCAAAUGUUACUGGUCUGAAACUGCUUAAAGCUUUAAUAAUCGUGCAGAGUUUGAGUAACAUUUGACAAAUACUGGUUAUUUUAUUUUGGAAUGAAGCUGAGCUUGUGUUGUAAAUCCAAUGUUUUAUACUGGUAAUGUUUUGAUUGGUGAUGACUGGGACUCACCGUGACUUUGUUGUGGAUUGAAAACCGGAAUGAGAGAAUGGAAUAAAAUAUGGAUUUAUCUUUA